AUGGUAGGCGUCAUGAAAGCCAAGAGGAACCGGCACUGCAAAGGAUCAAGAGCAAACCGAGGCUCACCAUCAAAGUCAAUCAUAUCGCCGAUUCUAAUUCGAGAGACCUUUGCGAAUACCUGGCUGAAGGAUGGCGAGCCUCGCAAUCGAACCCAGACAGCCUACUCUCUACUCUUGUACUUUAACAUCUUGGUGGAUGAGCAUGAGCGCAAGAAGGCAGCAGACGCCCUCCGCGAGAUCAUUGCCAAGAACGAAUAUCUUGUCGGCACCGGUUUCGCAGGAACAUGGACACUCGAUCACUCUUUACGGAAAGUGGGCGCCACAGAAGAUUUCUACAAAAUGCUGCUGCAAACUCGAGUGCCCUCUUGGCUAUACCAAGUGGUUCAAGGGGCAACGACAACAUGGGAGAGAUGGGAUAGUCUCUUGCCCGAUGGGAGUGUCAACGGCUGUGGGAUGACGAGCUUCAACCACUACGCGUUCGGAUCCGUAGCAGACUAG